UACAACUGAGAUAACAGCAGACUUUACAACAGUAGAAGAUACAACAGUAGAAGUUACAACAGUAGAAGAUACAAGAGUAGAAGUUAUAAGAGUAGAAAUUACGAUUUGAAGACAAAGAACCUAAACAAAUAAAGACCAUGGAUAUUGAUGAUCACAUAUACGGAAACGAAAGACCCAUCAAGCCCCGCAAGAAGGAUGGAGUUGGUGAUCAACAUUCAGUGUCUUGUCAGUGGUGGAAGAGAUACUCUGGAGCUGCUGCAGUGUGUCUGGGGCUGCUGUGUGUUCUCCUACUGGCUGGGAUCAUAGGCCUGUCUCUCUACCAGAGAAACCAGUUGACCUGUUCCAACACCCUGACUGAAGAGAGGGACCAGCUACACACCAGCAACAACACCCUGAUCAAAGAGGGAGACCAGCUACAGAGUCGCAACAACACCCUGACCAAAGAUGGAGACCAGCUACAGACGAGCAACAACACCCUGAUCAAAGAGAGAGACCAGCUUCAGAAAGAGAUAGAACUUCUGAAACAAUCUUUAGUUGAGAAAGUGUGUCCUCAAGGAUGGAAGAAGCUUGGUAGCAGUUGUUACUACGUCUCCACUGAGUACAAAUCCUGGAAGGAAAGCAGAGAGGACUGCAGAAAUAGAGGAGCAGACCUGGUGGUCAUCAAGAGCCAAGAACAACAGACAUUAGUCAAUUGGUUAUGUGGACGAAAUAACUAUGUCUGGAUUGGUCUGACUGACUCUGUUUCUGAGGGGACCUGGAAAUGGGUGGACGACACACCACUGACCACAAAGUAUUGGAACAGUAAACAGCCUAAUGGUGGUGGAGCACAGAACUGUGUGUAUUUCUACUCCUGGUCAUCAGACAGAGGAGAAUGGUGGGACUAUGACUGUUCCUAUAAAUACAGAUGGAUCUGUGAGAAGUAGGAUUCAUCCUCGGUACUCUCUGAACUGCUAAAUAAGAUUAUGCUCAG